GUCCUCCCGUGGCCGCAGACCCCGGGCGCGGUGCAGUCUGGGGGAACAUGGCCGCUUCCGGUCUUCCUCCCGGGCCGGCGCUGGCUUGACCGCGGCCCCUGCCUGGUGCACUCCGCCCUCCGCUCCCUGCCUGGCAGUCGCGGAGGUCCCUUCAAUCUUUUGCUCCCGUUGCCCCUGCCGUGCCAUGGAGAAGAGCUCGAGCUGCGAGAGUCUGGGCUCCCAGCCCGCAGCGGCUCGGCCGCCCAGCGUGGACUCCCUGUCCAGUGCCUCCACUUCUCAUUCAGAGAAUUCAGUGCAUACAAAAUCAGCUUCUGUUGUGUCAUCAGAUUCCAUUUCAACUUCUGCAGAGAACUUUUCUCCUGAUUUGAGGGUCCUGAGGGAAUCUAACAAAUUAGCAGAAAUGGAAGAACCACCCUUGCUUCCAGGAGAAAAUAUUAAAGAUAUGGCCAAAGAUGUAACUUACAUCUGUCCAUUUACUGGUGCUGUAAGAGGAACUCUGACUGUCACGAAUUACAGGUUAUAUUUCAAAAGCAUGGAACGGGACCCCCCAUUUGUUUUAGAUGCUUCUCUUGGUGUUAUAAGUAGAGUAGAAAAAAUUGGUGGUGCUUCUAGUCGAGGUGAAAAUUCUUAUGGACUGGAAACUGUGUGCAAGGAUAUUAGGAAUUUACGAUUUGCUCAUAAACCUGAGGGGCGAACAAGAAGAUCCAUAUUUGAGAAUCUAAUGAAAUAUGCAUUUCCUGUCUCUAAUAACCUGCCUCUUUUUGCUUUUGAAUACAAAGAAGUAUUCCCAGAAAAUGGGUGGAAGCUAUAUGAUUCUCUUUUAGAGUAUAGAAGGCAGGGAAUUCCAAAUGAAAGCUGGAGAAUAACUAAGAUAAAUGAACGAUAUGAACUUUGUGAUACAUACCCUGCCUUGUUGGUUGUACCAUCAAAUAUUCCUGAUGAAGAAUUAAAGAGAGUGGCAUCCUUUAGGUCAAGGGGCCGCAUCCCAGUUUUAUCUUGGAUUCAUCCUGAAAGUCAAGCCACAAUCACUCGAUGUAGCCAGCCCAUGGUAGGAGUGAGUGGGAAGCGAAACAAAGAUGAUGAAAAAUACCUUCAAGCCAUCAUGGAUUCCAAUGCCCAGUCUCACAAAAUCUUUAUAUUUGAUGCCCGACCAAGUGUUAAUGCUGUUGCCAAUAAGGCAAAAGGUGGAGGUUAUGAAAGUGAAGAUGCUUAUCAAAAUGCAGAACUAGUUUUUCUGGAUAUCCAUAAUAUUCAUGUCAUGAGAGAAUCAUUACGAAAACUUAAAGAGAUUGUGUACCCCAACAUUGAGGAAACUCACUGGCUGUCUAACUUGGAAUCUACUCACUGGCUAGAACAUAUUAAGCUUAUUCUUGCAGGGGCUCUUCGGAUUGCUGACAAGGUAGAGUCAGGGAAGACAUCUGUGGUGGUACACUGCAGUGAUGGUUGGGAUCGCACAGCUCAGCUAACUUCCCUAGCCAUGCUUAUGUUGGAUGGAUACUAUCGCACAAUACGAGGAUUUGAAGUCCUUGUGGAGAAAGAGUGGCUAAGCUUUGGACAUAGAUUUCAACUAAGAGUUGGCCAUGGAGAUAAGAACCAUGCAGAUGCAGAAAGAUCACCUGUUUUCCUUCAGUUUAUUGACUGUGUGUGGCAAAUGACAAGACAGUUUCCUACUGCAUUUGAAUUCAAUGAAUAUUUUCUCAUUACCAUUUUGGACCACCUAUACAGCUGCUUGUUUGGAACAUUCCUUUGUAACAGUGAACAGCAGAGAGGAAAAGAGAAUCUUCCUAAGAGGACUGUGUCACUGUGGUCUUACAUAAAUAGCCAGCUGGAAGACUUCACUAAUCCUCUCUAUGGGAGUUAUUGCAAUCAUGUCCUUUAUCCAGUAGCCAGCAUGCGCCACCUAGAGCUCUGGGUGGGAUAUUACAUAAGAUGGAAUCCACGGAUGAAACCACAGGAACCUAUUCACAAUAGAUACAAAGAACUUCUUGCUAAACGAGCAGAGCUUCAGAAAAAAGUAGAGGAACUACAGAGAGAAAUUUCGAACCGAUCAACCUCAUCCUCAGAGAGAGCCAGCUCUCCUGCACAAUGUGUCACUCCUGUCCAGACUGUUGUGUGAAAGGAUUGUGACUAAGGACAUCAUUGAUAUGAACUCUUCAUUACAGUGGCAGCUUUAUGAGUAGAAAGUCUCCCUAUUUUGAACCCAUCUCUGAGAGAAAAGUUCAGAUGCUUUAUUUAUUUUAAGUCUCUCUAAGAUGAGUUUAGAACUAUAGCAAUGUGGGUGGCUUAAGAGAAACAAUUCCACGUGUAAUUACAUGAUUAUGACACUAAACCUGUUCAGACAUCUGGUAAAAGUACAAACUACUUCAGAAAUACACCUCUUGAUUGGAGAAAGCUCACUGCACAGAGGAACAAGUUUUCAAACCAAAUCAACACUGAAGUUCUGUGGCAUCAUCUAUAUUAGGCCUUUAUGUAUGACAGAUCAAAAUCAUUUAAUACCUUUUUCUCCAUCAUGGGCUUUUCUUCAUGUAGUAAUUGAUUUACAUUGAUCACUGUUCAACCUCCAUUCUUAAUAUAGUGAAAGGCAAAGCAUAGUGUGGCAGUAGUUAAAAAUUGCUGCUGACAUUAUUUACAUACUUAAUUAGGGCAUUCUACUGUUCCAGAAUGAUGCCUUAGAGAUAUGCUUAGGGGACCAUAAGGAGACAAAGUGGUAGCCAUUUUGGAGUUCAAAGAUUUCUAAGACAUUCAGAUUAAUUUCCAUUUUUUUUCCAAUUUUUUAAAAAAAUUUUACCCCUUUCUGUUUUGCUUAAUGCUAAUUGGCAAGUUGUAAAUUUUUAAAAGACUUUUUUGGAAGACUGUAUAAAUAGCAUAUGGUGAGAAGUAUAAUGCUUAAAUUUUACAUGAAAUACUUCACUACUUUAUUCCACCAAAUUAAGCCUACCAAAGAACACACCGCAUUUAAAAAUGAAUUACAAUCUCAAUACCAGUAAAAGAAAUCUUGCUUCACUGCUUGCCUGAGACUUUGGUGCUGGUAUGGACAUUUCACUGUCUGAUGUCUAAUAUUUUACUCUAUAUGAGAGCCAUAUGUAAUGUACUGUAACUAAGAAGCUUCUUGUCCCUUGGUCUUUUAAUUAAAAGAAAUUUCAGCUAAUUUUAAAACUUUGUUUUUGUCUAAAGUUAUAUUAAGGGUGUGUGUGUGUGUGCACACAUGUGCGUGUGCGCACACGCAGAACUAUUUCUUGGAAUUUUUUUUUCUGAGGAGUGCCUGGUGCAGGUGGAAAUAUUCAAUUUUUUGACUCCUUGACUCCCAAAUGAAACAAAAACUAUUUUUUUCUGCUCAUAAAUUCACAGGUCUGAGUCUUAUCCUUAUUGUUGGUCUUAGAGUUGAAGAAAUAGGGGGCUGGGAUUAUGGCUCAGCAGUAGAGUGCUCGCCUGGCAGGAUCCUCAGCACCACAUAAAAAUAAACAAAAAUGAAAAAAUAGUUAUCAGUACAUUCAAUAUUACCAAAAUCGGGAUCCACUGAUUUUAUCAUAUGAAAUUUGUUACGAGAAAAAUUUAACAGGUGUUUAAAUGGCCAGUCAGUAUUAAAGCUAAUAUGUCUAAUAAUAGAAUAUUAUAGUAAUAAAGCUAAAUUUGGUAUUCCAAAUUUGAUAAAUCUAUUCUCUUACUUCCCUCACUUAAGCUUUUUCAUCUUGGUCUGAUAAAACAUAAAAGAAAGCUGAAGAGAUUAAGAAUUUAAAGCUUCUAGUCUUAAUGUACUCAUACCCACUAAAUACCACUAAAAAACCAAGAGAAAUCUAAGUAUAAAAAAUUCUGUUUGCUAGGCAUGGGGGUGCACACUUGUAAUCCCAGCAGCCUGGGAGACUAGGCACGUAGAUCCAGAGUUCAAAGC